AUGUCUUCGUCUAUUUUAGCCAAUGACCUAUUCAGCGUCAAGGGUCUAAUUGCCUUUGUCACUGGAGGCGGAAGUGGGAUUGGUCUUCUGAUUGCACAGGCUCUGGAAGCCAACGGUGCCACCGUGUAUAUUUAUGGGCGCCGCAAAGAAGUAUUAGAGGAGGCCGCAAAAACUGCAAAGCACGGAAACAUCCAUGCCAUUCAAGGCGAUGUGACCAGCAAGCCCGAUCUUCAAAGGGCGGCAGAAGAGAUCAAAACAGCACAUAGCUAUGUUAACCUUGUCAUAGCAAAUGCCGGGAUAGGGGGGCCGUCGAUCAAGACGCUCAAGCCUAAUGCCAGUCUUGAGGAAUUCGAAAACCAUCUGUGGGGCUGGACUGCAGAGGAAUUCACCGAAACAUUUGCUGCCAAUACCACAGGGGCGUUCAACACGGUAGCUGCUUUUCUCCAGCUACUCGGUGAAGGUAACAAGAGAGGGAAUGUGACUCAGAAAAGUCAAGUGAUUGCCACAAGCAGUAUCGGCGCCUUCAAUCGUUCGCUUACCCAAGGAUAUGCAUAUGGUGGAUCCAAGGCCGCUGUUGUUCAUAUCUUCAAGCAGCUGGCCACGUCACUGGUCCCAUACGACAUCAGGUCCAACAUCAUUGCCCCCGGCUUUUACCCAAGCGAGAUGACAGCUACUGUGAUCGCCAAGCGGGAGAAGGAGGGAUGGCCCAAGAGCAUCAUCCCGGAGCAAAGGGCUGGGGACGCACAGGAUAUUGCGGGGGCAGUGCUGUUCCUCGUCAGCAGAGCCGGGGCGUACAUCAAUGGGAAUGUCCUCAUCACGGAUGGGGGUCGUCUAAGCGUCGUACCGGCCACAUAUUAG